GAUACAUGAAAUAAUUGUAGUGUCGGCGAUAUCGACAUCAAAUCGUUUGUCCCGGGAUUACGUUCGCCGUCGUCUUCAGAUUGACGCGUAAUCAUGAGUUGUGGUUUCGUUACUUGCGGCCCGAACGAAGCUCUGGUCGUUUCAGGAUGCUGUUACAGCAAACCACUUUUAGUACCUGGAGGCCGGGUAUUUGUGUGGCCUAUUGUGCAACAAGUACAAAAAAUUUCUUUGAACACAAUGACUUUACAAGUCGAAAGUCCAACGGUAUAUACCUGUCAAGGAGUACCAAUAUCUGUCACAGGUAUAGCACAGGUAAAAAUUCAAGGACAAAAUGAAGAAAUGCUUUCUACCGCAUGUGAACAAUUCCUUGGGAAAUCUGAAGAAGAAAUACAUAACAUAGCCCUUGUUACUUUAGAAGGACAUCAACGAGCUAUAAUGGGCAGUAUGACAGUAGAGGAGAUUUAUAAAGAUCGUAAGAAAUUUAGUAAAGAGGUCUUUGAAGUUGCAAGCAGCGAUCUAGUUAAUAUGGGCAUUACUGUCGUGUCGUACACAUUGAAAGAUAUUCGUGACGAGGAAGGGGCAAAGGGCUAUUUGCAAGCGCUUGGUAUGGCACGUACAGCUGAGGUAAAGAGAGACGCUAGGAUAGGUGAGGCCGAGGCUCGUAGAGAUGCGCAAAUCAGAGAAGCCAUUGCCGAGGAACAAAGGAUGGCUGCACGCUUCUUGAACGACACGGAGAUCGCGAAAGCGCAACGUGACUUCGAAUUGAAAAAAGCUGCUUACGACGUCGAAGUCCAAACUAAAAAAGCUGAGGCAGAAAUGGCCUUUGAACUGCAAGCAGCGAAAACCAAGCAAAGGAUCAUGGAGGAACAGAUGCAGGUGAAAGUGGUAGAACGCAGCCAAGAAAUCGCUGUACAGGAACAGGAAAUGCUAAGACGUGAGAGAGAAUUAGAUGCGACCGUACGUCGCCCUGCUGAUGCAGAGAAGUACAGGUUAGAGAAAAUGGCUGAAGCAAAUAAAUUACGCUUGGUCAUGGAAGCCGAAGCUGAAGCUGAAGCUAUUAAAAUUCGCGGCGAAGCAGAGGCUUUCGCCAUCGAAGCAAAAGCUAAGGCAGAAGCGGAGCAAAUGGCAAAGAAAGCUGCCGCAUGGAACGAAUAUAAGAGCGCGGCUAUGAUAGAUAUGAUGCUUGACACACUUCCAAAGGUUGCUGCCGAAGUCGCCGCCCCUCUUUCUCAAGCGAAAAAAAUAACGAUGGUAUCGAGUGGCAACGGCACCGUCGGUGCGGAAAAAUUAACCGAAGAAGUUUUCAAUAUCGUACAACGUGUCCCGGAACUCGUAAAGAACUUAACAGGCGUGGACAUUGCAAAGUCGGUUCAUGCGGCGUAAAUGUGCAAUAUAAAGGAUUCAAUUAUUUCCUAAUUACACGUUGUACUUCAAUGUACACACUUACAAAAAAUAUUCAAUGGAUCUUUGAUAUAUAUACAUUUACUUCAGAUAUUUUGUCUUGUAAUAAGGGUCAAGCAUUGAAAUUCUUACAUUAGAAAGGAAAUUCAAUCGACACUUUUGCUGCCUCAUAACACAUCAUAGCAUUUAUAUCACACACGUAUCUCAUACGUAUGUAAGGCAACAAUAAUCUCGAAUUGAGUUACUAUUCUCAGCCCCGGAAGUCAAUAUCACUUUAAAUUGUCUAAUUUAUUACAAUUUUUAAGGGACAUACUCGCGUAAGAAAUUUAUUAUUAUUAUUUGUUCAUUCCAUUAAUUCUUAUUCGGGCAGUAAAUGUGUGAUGCGACGUUAGCAAUUUAUUAGUGAUAUUAUUUUUAUACUAUUUUUUGACUAACAUUUUACUAAUUAUUUAGCAUAUUUUAACUAACUUUAGGUAACAUGCUAGUCUAUUUUAUUAAUUUGACGUAUAUCUGUUAAUAAAGAAAAAUUAUAUAUAUGUGCAUUCUGUCAGAUCUCUGAAGAAUCGACUGUAAUGGUCCACAUUUAUCUACACUACUUCUAUACCAAUAUGUGCCGAAUGCCAUUUCUCCAAAUAUUCUACUUCUACGUGUACCUUCCAAAUAUAAUUACUAAAUAAGUAUUUAGAUAUAAAAACAUUCAUGUUUCCUAACAUUUAUUUAAUAUCGUUUAUUCAAUGUGGAGAGAUCUUUUCUAAGACCCUUGAGAUAUAUAAAUGAGAUACACGCGAUUUUACGCGAGUGUUCUAUUUUCUGUAUCUCUAUAAAAUAUGAGACAAAUAAGAAUAUAUAUUUUACUCGUGUAGAUAGAAGAUCAAGUGAGAUCUAUUUAUUUGUAUGAAUCAUAGAAUCGUAACCCUUCGAAUAAGCCUCUGACUACGUAAGUUUAUAUGCGACCAAUAAAGCUUUAAACAAAUUAUAUAUAUGCAAUUUUAUGUAAAAGCAAUAAUACAAAAUAAAUGUUACAACUACA